AUGUCGCUCGACGAUACGCCAGAAUACUCAUGGGAAGAACUACUUGCGUGGUUUGAAGGCAAGUCGGAAGAGUUGGAGGACGGACUAAAAGUAAAUACUGCCACGAUGUAUUUAGUGGACGACGCCAAACUUUGGUGGCGCACAAAAUACGCCGACAUCCAAGCUAAGAGGACGUCGGUAGACACGUGGGAAGAUCUAAAGAAAGAAUUGAUGGCUCAAUUCUACCCGGAAAACACUGAGUUCGUUGCUCGCACCAAGCUUGCGACUCUGCAACACAAGACCUCCAUUCAUGAAUAUGUAAAAGAAUAUUCGGCUUGCAUGUUGGAGAUCCAUGACAUGUCGGAGAAAGACCGUUUAUUCAACUUUGUGCGAGGUCCAAAAGAUUGGGCCCAAAGAGAGAUAUGGCGCCAGAAAACCGAUACCUUGUCAGGUGCUAUAGCUGCAACUGAAAGGUUGAUGGAUUAUUCAUCGGAGAGGGUGCCUUACCAAAAGAAGGGAAACAUGGGGUCAACUUCAAGUACCCCGAAGAGCACUAGUGGUAAUUCUCAAACCAGCUCGAACAGUGUUGAGAACAUAUAUAGGAGUGGGGGAGAGGACUCACGGAAGGGCGGAGUCGCGACAUCCACAAACAGAGGUUGGUUUGCCAGCUCAUCAUCAUCAUGGAACAAACCCCUCACUUGCAUACUCUGUCGCGGACCGCAUAAAUGGUUCGAGUGCCAGCACAAGGCGGAAAUAGACAACCUCCAAAAGAAGUUGUCCUCGAUGUCCUCAGAACCUACUAAGGGAGAUGACAAAGAGGAGGACGUUGUCAGUGAAGAAGAACCCUCUAAGUUAGGGGCAGUGUAUUAUAUGUGUGCAAUGGAAAAAGAGACAUCCGGGAACAAGAGCCGAGCCACCAGCUUGAUGUACGUUGAUGUCGUGAUAAAUGGGAAGAAAGCCCGGGCAAUGGUUGAUACGGGAGCUACCCACAAUUUUGUCACCAAGCAGGAGGCAAACAGAUUAGGCCUGAAGGCCGUGCAUAGUGACGGUCAAAUGAAGACCGUUAACUCUGAAGCUCAGCCAACUUUUGGGGUGGAAAGGAACGUGAACACGAAGAUUGGGGAGUGGAGUGGGACUCUGGAUUUCACAGUGGCAACAAUGGAUGAUUUUGAGCUGGUUCUCGGGAUGAACUUCCUACACUCCAGUAAGGCUGUCUCGAUGCCCCACCUAGGGUCCUUACUUGUGACAAGCCGCCAACCAUGCCUCUUGUGGAUACACAACCAAGCAGAAGAAGGGAAAGAAUUGAAAGGCCCCCUCCUCUCGGGAAUGCAACUCAAGAAGGGGAUUAGGAGGAAUGAGCCUACGUUCCUCGCUACUCUCUCAAUGAAGGAGGAAGAGGAGGAGGGGGACAUUCCCGAGGUCAUUAGUGAGUUACUGGGGGAAUUUUCAGACAUCCUCCCCAAGGAGCUCCCGAAAUCUCUUCCCCCUCGAAGGGCCAUAGAUCACAGCAUUGAGCUGGUGCCUGGUGCUAGACCACCCGAGAGAAGUCCUUAUCGGAUGGCCCCUCCGGAGCUCGCAGAGUUGCAAAAACAAUUAGAUGGGCUAUUGGAAGCCGGAUUUAUCCGUCCUUCUAGAGCUCCCUAUGGUGCGCUAGUCCUUUUCCAGAAGAAGCAGGUUGGGAGUUUGAGAUUUUUCAUCGACUACAGAGCCUUAAACAAGCUAACGGUGAGGAAUCACUAUCCAAUUCCUUUGGUGGCAGAUUUGUUCGAUCAGCUAGGAGAUGCGGUGUACUUCACCAAGCUCGAUCUAAGGUCUGGCUACCAUCAGGUUCGAAUUGCACAAGGAGAUGAACAAAAGACGGCCUGCGGUGCUGAGGAGACGACGUCAUUAUUCUUCAAACACAUUGUGAAGUAUUGGGGGCUGCCGCAAAGCAUCAUCAGCGAUCGAGACACGAGAUUCACGAGCAUAUUCUGGACGGAAUUGUUUAGGCUAAUAAGGUCCGACUUGAAUAUGUCUUCGAGCCACCACCGUCAAUCUGAUGGGCAAACAAAGAGAUUCAACGGUCUCUUAGAGGAAUACUUGAGACAUUUUGUCAGCGCCAAUCAGAAGGAUUGGGUGAAACUCCUUGAUGUUGCUCAACUUUGUUUUAACGCCCAGAAGAGCACAACAUCCAACAGAAGUCCAUUUGAACUGGUGAUGGGCCAGCAACCUCUCCUGCCGCACACGAUAGCAACAUCCGAAGAGGGGAGAAGCCGCGAAGCACGAGAGUUCAAGCGAGAAUGGCAGCAAAACAUGGAAGUUGCUCGUGCUUACCUAGAGCGAGCAUCGAAGAGAAUGAAGAAGUGGGGUGACUAG